CCGCUAUUGUUUAAUCGCGUCACUUCUCUACCACCACCCAUUUCUCAACUCCCGCCCCCCCUUUCUCUCUUUUUCCCACGACACGCAGAUACGUUCCUUUUUGGAAUACCAAUUCGCCCGUCAUGUCUCGGCGUCCAGACCCGACUCGGGCUGCGCAGAACCAGCAGACUAUCAAGAACCUGUUGAAAUUGGAGGCGAACAAGACCUGUGCGGACUGCAAGCGGAACAAGCACCCCCGAUGGGCGUCAUGGAAUAUCGGUGUCUUCGUUUGCAUCCGCUGCUCAGGCAUCCAUCGUGGAAUGGGCACCCAUAUCAGUCGAGUCAAGUCGGUCGAUCUGGAUGCCUGGACUGACGAGCAACUGCAAAGCGUUUUGAAAUGGGGGAACGCUCGUGCUAACAAAUACUGGGAGGCGAAAUUGACACCCGGCCAUGUUCCUUCAGACUCUAAAAUUGAGAACUUUAUUCGCACGAAAUACGAGUCCAAGCGAUGGGCAAUGGAUGGUCCCUUGCCUGACCCCUCUUCUCUCGGAAGCGACGACGACGUGCCCCUCGCUGUCGUCCAGGAAAAAGCGAAAUUGGAGCGGUCGGCAUCACAACGGGCCCCUGUUGUCAGCCAGCCCCCUGUCCGUAGACAAGCGCAACAACAACCUGUUGAUUUCUUCGGUGAUGACAAUACGAUUAAUCCUCCUGCACGACCUAGCACAACCGAUCCACUCGCUGUUGCUCGUCCACCUCCCCCAGGAAAUGCGCAACCCGCUGCAAAGCAGGGGAAACCAGCCGAAUCGCUGUUGGGAUUGGAUUUCUUCGGUAGCAGUCAAUCCACACCGACCAGUCGACCAGGCAGCACAGGGCCUGCUGCUGGCUCCCAGCCUGGAGUCUCGCGACCUGAUCUGAAGCAAUCUAUUCUGUCUUUGUAUGCAACUGCUCCGAAGCCACAACCCGCACAGCACAACCGUGCUACCUCUAUCGGGGGUUCCAAUCAGUCCAAUGUAGGCUCCUUGACAGAUGCUUUCAGCGGCCUGACAUUUCCCACCAAUGCCACGUCUCCGCCGCCUAAACCGCAGUCACAGUCCAGCGACGCCUUUGCAGGACUCACUGGUUUCGGAGGACCGAGGUCACCUGCAGCGGUUUCCCAAGUCACAUCUCCAAGCUCUACAACUGGAAGCUUAUUCGAUAGCAUAGCUUCCAACAACACUGCUUCAAAACCAGCUGCUGUGCGGACCGCGUCAAUCUCUUCCAAUGGCUGGGAUAGCUUUUCUCAACCCCUGACUUCUCCAUCCUCUCAACCAAAACCACCUCCACCAUCCAACAAUCUUUCGCAUGGUCUAUUAGACCUCUCCGCACCAGAGCCAUCAAAACCAACAUCUCCCCCCGUUCCUCAAUCCGCCACAUCGCCAGGGCUGACCUCUUCCGUCUUCAACCUUUCUUCUCCAGCCGCCCAGCCCGCCCAGAAAGCUGCACCCACAACAUCAACAUCAAACGUGAACAGCGUCUUCUCUGCGGCUGCCAGCAUGGAUCCAUGGGGAGGCAAUGCCUGGGGCAACCCCGAGCCAACCCCAGCCCCCGCCCCAGCUCCUCGAGCCGCACCAGCCCUCACUACCACUACCACCACCACAGUGACAUCUCAAUCCACAUCUUCCUUCGCCGACUCCAUGCGUAUGCCAGAUACCCUCACCUCCCGCGACAUCGGCGCUGGUUGGGGAGCCCCCAGCAACCCUUCCAAAGCCGCAGCCAGCGUUGCCCCUGACGAUGACUUCGGCGGCUGGACCAGCGCGGCCCCAGUAUCAUCAUCCAGCACUGCCACCAGCAAGCCAUCCACCGGUGGUCUCGGCGGCGGAAACGACGAUCUCUUCUCGAAUGUAUGGGAAUAGAUCGACCCCCCAAAAUACAAACCUAAACCUCUGAAUGAAGAUUUCCCUCUUUAAUCUAUGAUCAUGGAUAUACCGCAUAUCAUCACAGAUGGAUGUACACACUCUAUUCUUCCUUCUCAUCAUCGUCAUGCAUUGUCGGUCCUGUCAGGCUUGUGUUGUGUUGUGUUUUCUCAUUUGUCAUGAUGAUGGGAGUGAAAGCGUAUGAACUGGCGGAAACGAUUUAGUUCGUUUUUUAUGAAUAUUUUUUUUUUGUUGAUAGUUCGAAUUCGAUGUGCGUUUGUCAAAGUUUUGUGGUAGUGCCGUAUAUAAAUAUUUGGCUUGGUUGUUGAAAAGGUAGAUGCCUGUAUGUAGUGGUUAUGUAUACAUGUAGAAUGGAUUCAUAAUUGGAAGAGCUGUGCGAAACUCAAUAUAAAUCGAAUACGCUGUAAUU